GUUCCAAACAGAGCUUUCGUCUUCCCCACCCCACGGUCCCCACCCAAAUCACAGAACUUUCUCACGCCAUAGGCGGAGGAGUUCAGGUGAAGCAAUAGCUAAUCGAACACUUACCGAGCCGAAUCGAAACACAGACCUUUCAAAACGGUGUGCUCGAUCGACGACGGCUUGGCAAGAGACUGGGUUUCCAGCGGCGCCGACUGAAGACAAAGAAGACAAUGGCGGCUGUGUGGUCAAAAUUGGCAACGGGUUCUUUUCUCACGGAAUCUCGCCACAAUUGGUGAGAAACGAAAUGGACCUAGAAUUGAGACGAAUCGAGCGAUCAUAGCCGAGCUCGAAAACCUAGGGUUUCACAAGUUCUGUAAGUUCUUAUGCCCAACUCUCCCUCUUCCUCAAAACCUAGGGUCUUUGUUUUUUCCAAUUGUCUUUUCUUUUUCUUUUUUUUAAAUCAUGUGUUUUUUUUUCCAAUUGUAUCGAUACCAUAAGCAUCGUCUUAUUCCAGGAAUAAAGUGGGACUACAUACCAACUGAACUUUUAGAUGAGAUUCUUGUACGGCUACCUGUAGAAUCUCUAAUUCGAUUCACAUCCGUAUGCAAAUCAUGGCACUCUAUCAUCACAAGCCCUAGUUUCAUCGCCAAACACCUAAACCACAGCAAAAGAAUGACCGAAAACCUUCUCCUUGUGACUUACACCUUUAUUUACAGGAGAAAGCGCUAUUUGUUGUGCCGUGGCGAUGAAAAAUUUGGUGAUGAGUUCGCCAAACUGGAGUCUCCUUUGAGUACUUCACUUGGGCAUAUGGUGGGUAAUUGUAAUGGUUUGUUUUGUAUGAUUGAUACCACUUCGCCACCGUGUAUUAUUCUAUGGAAUCCAUUAAUUAGGAAAUCAGUAACUCUUCCCAUGCCGCCCUCUCUGCCACAUACUCCUCAUCCGCAGUUUGUUUUGGGAUUUGGUGCCCACCCCACUACGCAUGAGUACAUGUUGGUUUUUAUUCUUUAUGAAAAGGCGGAUAUAGAGCAGGGAAAACUUCCUUCCAAGGUUGAGCUUUACACCCAAGGCACAGGAUCAUGGAGAUCCAUCACUUCUGUUGGUCAUCCACAUCACAUUCUGCGUCAUAAUUGCUUCCAGGCUUUUGUUAAUGGAGCGAUACACUGGAUUGCAUGUGACAGGAGAGUGGUGGAUGGUCUUAGCAGUUUGAUAAUGUUGUUCCAUAUGGGUUCUCAAGCAUUCUCGGAGAUGAUGAUGCCUGCCGCUCUAGUCAAUGAAAUGCAAUUGCGCCUGUCCAUUAUGUCAUAUGGAGAAUCACUGGCCGUGCUAUGCCAUGGACAGGAGGGUUCUUGUGGCGUGUGGGUGAUGAAAGAAUACGGAGUUGCAGAAUCUUGGGCUAAAUUAUACAAUAUAAAUCCUCCAGGAGUAUUGGCGUACAAGAUACUAGGGUUUCGGAAAAGUGGUGAAGUUCUACUAUGGAUGAGUGACAAACGGCUACUUUGUUAUGACUGUGAGACCAAGACUUUGACAAAUACUGGAUAUACCGGGAGUUCUGAUGCCUUUGCCGCUGAUACUUUCAUGGAAUCCCUAGUUUUAGUGAAACCAUGAAAUGGUGUCUUCUAGGGGCAGUUGAUAGAGGUGAAAGAGCAGCUAUUCUGAAGAUUGGUGGUUCAAGCAAUGAUUAGGGAAACAAAAUCAAGAUGUCUACUUGUUCUUCCUAGGGUACUGAAGAGUACAUCACUACUAAAAACCAUGUCUGCACCCAAACCUAGUGACAUUUUAUCUGAACGGUGGUCUAAGUAUGAUCCUUACUUGGUUUUUGAUCCUACAAAAUCACCUCAUUACAAGGUUGUGUUACUUAGUAGUUCUUAUCACCUUAAUGCUUCCCGAUUGGCUAUAUACGCUUCUGAAUGUGCGUCUUGGAAGUACAUGGAUCUUGUACCUUCAAUUGAGACUGGACCUAGUGCCAUUUGGAAUGGAGCGCAAUUAUUUGGAUGAGUUGCAAGGAAUGGGGGGGAAAUCGCUUGAGGCACGAGUACGUCUACUCUCGACUGGACAUGGAUACAGAGAAGCUAAAAGUAACUCGAGUGCCUUCAGACCCUAGUCUUUCGAAACAUAUGCUUUAUUUCGGAGAAUGUGGUGGUCGUUUGCUUCUUAUUCAUCUUCCUUCUCAUGAUGCUACGGAGUUUAGCAUUCUUGAGAUGGACAGAAAUAGCUUCUGCUAGAUUGUCAAGGACCGGGUAGAUCUAAUGUCCUUAAUAGUGCCAACCCAAAGAAGCUGCAUAAUUUCAGUGAUAAGUGUUGUGAAAGGAACAAACGAAAAUGAUCUUGCAGUGGUGUUCUACAACCGGGGCGAAGUCAUUUCAUGUAAUCUUGAGUGCAGGACAAUGAACGUGAUUUGUGAGUGGUCUCCACGUGAGAUUAAAAGUUAUGGACGAUUGGGACUUUACAAAUAUUGUAAUCAGUUCAUUGAAAGUCUAUCACCUAUAUGAGUGAUGUCUUACGAUGUUGAACCAAUUACAUAAUCUAUUCAUGUGGCUCAAACGGUCAUUUUUUUUUUUUUUUUUUUGUCUCUAGCUGUAAAAUGUGCUUGUUCAGCUGAAGUAUCUUUUGUCUUCACUACGUAUGAUGGAUUCUCAUGUAACAUCUUUUGUCCUUUGGUUAUCACAACGAACCUUCCCUUUAUUGAUGUAUUUGAUUUUUAGUGGUCUUUGAUGGUU